AUGUUAAAAAGUUUAAAUUUUAUAAAUAGAGUAACAGUAUCUUCAUUAUCAAAAACUCGUAACUUCACAUCACAAGUUAAUAAAGAAACAUGGGAUAAAUAUGUUGCAAGCAAUAAAAAACCAGUUGUUGUUGAUUUCUUUGCUACAUGGUGUCCACCUUGUAAACAACUUGAACCAGUAUUAGUAAAAGCAGUAGAAGAUUAUGGAAAAUGUGAUUUAUAUAAAUAUGACAUAUCUGAAGAAGAAGGAUUUCACGAAAAAUUUGGAAUUCAAUCAAUUCCACAUGUUAUUGGUUUUCAUAAUAACAAAAUAGUUUUCGAAUUCAAAGGUGCCAUUCCAGCAUCCCAAGUUAAAAAACAUUUGGAAAAAUUUGAUGAACAUUUAGGCGAAAAAUAA